CGACAAGACGUUGCACCACCACUCCCUCUGGGCCACAUUGAGUUGGUACCCGGUUGUUCUCCUCCCGGACCGACGUGGAUCAAGCAAAAGUCAAUGCGGAAAAUUUCUCUGUCAACUUCGUCACCAACCUCCCGGACGGACAAUCCCUGUUGCCUAUCAUCCAUCCCCCCUACUAAGGAGCCUUAUUCGACCUCUGCGUCGCCGUACCUACUUUCUAGGUAGGUAGGUCCUCGGGCCCUGAGGGACUCCCGAUCCUUCCGAUCCUCCGAACUCGCAAUUAAAGCUGUUGGGUCGAAUCUCAACAUGGCCACCUGGGCAUACCCACCUCUGCCUCCCAAACGCCUGGAACAGGAAGUUGAUUCCGCAUUGGCGAAAGAGUUAGAAUGGCUGUUACGUUCCCUGCAAGACUCCCUUUCCUCCUUGAGGGAAGGUCUCCAUGAGUGCGCUGCCUUGCUGGCUCCCAAAGAGCCGGGAUCGACACUAGUCCUGUCGUCCUUACGUUCCGAAAGUGUGAAAGGGUUUGUGACUCGGGUUGGGACGAAAAUUGUGAAAGGCGAUAUCCAACUCCGCCUUAGUUCCCUCGCCUCACGGGGCGCAGCUACCACUCGCUUGUGUCUGGCCAACUCCCCUGCAGCCCCUGAGCUCGUUCUAAGCCAGUUGGCUUCGGUAAAGAACCUGGUCAAUCAGAGUCUCGAUAUCGUCGACGUAAGCACCUGGACAGGUGAUCCAUUGAACGCUACGUUCAUCUUCAGCCAACUGCACCUUUUGCGCGAAACGAUCACCGAUGCACGGCAGAUGCUCAAGGGUGAUACUGACAAAGUCAGAGGCAAGUGGUGGGAAACCAGUGCACCUGAGGACAUGUUCGACCCUCCCCUGCCACCGUACCUGUCCUUCCAUCUCUCCAUCGCCGACUCGGCCCUCUUACUACAUCUAAGAACCCUGGAGUCUAACACCCCCACGCAUACGCCAACGGCGUUCGCGACGGACAUCUCUCUCACGGGGUUCAACCUGCGAGAUCGAAUAUUUGGGGCUCGCCAUCGCCCUCACGAUGAGGCCGGUGAUGUGUUCACCUGGAAAGGAGACGAAGUUAAGGUCAGGGAAAAGAUCCGCGUAGAGAGCCAGGACCCUAGCUUGAUGGCCGUGAUGGCCAAACUGACCGCCCUCGAGCACGAGGUGAUGAAGUGGAUUUCAGCGCUGAAGGUGCUCAUGGGCAACGAGGAUACGGACAGCGAUUCCCAGUAGUGUUCUAGCAUUUGUAAAUACCAUUAUCGGCUAUACCCAGUCAUUUGGAACCCAAAAAGUUCACGCGGCAUAUGUGGUAGUAUCUGGCUGAAGGUCUAGAUGGAUUAUGUAACACAGCAAUUCUCGG